ACGAGAGUUGAAAUGAAGGGUGACAAAAAGAGGGGGUGUCUCCAUGGCAACCGAUCCAAGCCAUUCGGGUCCCGUCACCCAAGCUGCGGUUGAAUCCAAUGCCGCAAGUUUGAAGCUCAGCUUUGCCGGGUUGCUGGCAACAUGAGUGGAGCGCAAGAGGAGCGAAUGAUGACAGCUCACAGCCUUCAUGUCAACGCAACUUUGGAUCUGCAUGAUGAGGAGAUGAAAACAGCAGUUUUUGAGGUCAAAGUUUUCGACAUAGUCAUCAUUUCCUUGGCCCUGUGUAUCCUCAUCAUCACCGCCAUCUACUGCAUGAGUGUGUGCUACAACCGCAGCAGGCAAUCAAAGAGAGCCCAAGUGUAUGAGACUGCAGUGACCCACGGGGAGCCAGUGGACCCUGUUGCGGUCAGGGCGGUGAAGCGGUCAACUAGUUUCAUCAACCCGCUGGCCUUCUUUCGGAGAGCAGAUGCAGCUAAAGAUAACUCCAGAAUCUAUUACAUCUAUAGUAACCCGCUGCCCGUGGGAGCCAAGGAGGAUGAAGAAGACACAGGCAGGCAAAUCACACUUUCACCGCUUCCGUCCAUUGAGGAGUAUGCGCAAGACCCCAACAGUGGAGUCAUCCUGGACCCACCAAUUUUUUACAUGCAGCUUUAGAUGUGGGACGUUAUAUUCUUAUAAGUGUAAAAUGGAGUAAAACAGCUGUGAAAACAUUGGUGCAUUUUUGAGGCUCUGGAAAGGUUUUGCAUUGCUGUAAUGAGUUCAUCACAGUUAUGACAGCCAAGAUGAUGGAUUUAGAACCCAAGCCUAUAAACUUCAAGGAAGUUCAAAAUGUGUGGUUCUUACAAGCGAUACAUCAUGGGAGCUGUAUAAUUGUGCAAUUUUAGAGGCGUUUCCGACAAGUCAAAGGUCACGAUGUGCUGUUAAGUUUCCGUUUUUGAGUCAGUGCUGGAAUACUAUAGUGAUGUGCAUUCCAGUUCUUUUAGGUGAACUGAAUCUUUAGAAUCAGUUCACUCAAAAGAUUCGUUCAAACGAAUCGUUCAACGAAUC